UCUUCCCCUCUCUUUCCUCUCAUCCUCCCUCCUCUUUCUUUCUCUAAACUUCCUAUAUAUCCCAAUACUCUCUCACUGUUUCUCUAACCUUAAAUCCCAAACCCCCCAAAACUAGAGCUUGAGCUUUUCAGCUCAACAACUCAUGGAGAUACAAGUGGCUCACCCAGUGCCCCCUGUGGACUUCAACUUCGACAGCAGCGCCUGCUCCUCCCCUUACAUGACUGCUCCUUCAAGCCCCACUCGAUUUGGCAACUAUUUCUUCAGCGCACCCACCAGCCCCACCCGGGCCUCUUCCUUCUACAGCCACUUCAACGACUUCUCCGGCGAAAACGGUCCAAGACUUUCAGCCUCUUCGAUCCCUUUCAAGUGGGAAGAGAAGCCCGGAAUUCCCAAGUCCAGAGCUACCAUUAAUGGUGAUCAUAGUCAUCAUCUUGAGGAGGAUUUUGAGUUUGAUUUUAGUGGACAGUUGGAGAAGGCUUCCUUGCCGGCAGACGAGCUCUUCGACGGCGGCAAGAUCAGGCCUCUGAAACCCCCUCCUCGCUUACAAGUUGGGAGCAAUGGAGCUGAUGAGCCAGGUCCCUCCGGUUUUUCCCCGAGGUCACCGUCUCCAAGAGCGUCGAGACUUUCCCAAGGAAAGAAAUUGGUCCAAGGAGUACUAUCCCCGAGGCAUCACCGAAAGGACCAUCAGGCUCAUGAUGAUCCUUUCGCUGCCGCUAUGAAUGAGACCCGAAAGAACGAGUAUGAAUAUGGAAAUCAAGAAGAAAGGCGGGGGAGAGAAAGAUCUCCUUCCGUGCGUAAAAAGGGAACCAGAUCUUUGUCUCCCCUGCGCGUGUCGGACGUCAUGUUCGACAUCGAAGAAGACAAGACAGUUUCUUCAUCAACAAUCAACUCCAACAAGGCCUCCACAUCUUCAGCAUAUUCUUCAUUUUUGUCAGCGAUCUCGUUCUCUUCAUCGAAAGUAAGUAGAAAGUGGAAAUUGAAAGAUCUAUUGUUGUUUCGAAGCGCAUCAGAAGGCCGAGCCACAACUGGAAAAGACCCGUUGAGAAAGUACACGAUGCUGUCCCCCAAGAAAAGUAGCAGUAGUAUUGCGGAGGAUGUGAAGAACUCGAGUUUUCGGUCCACCGACAGUGUGGGGUCGGUGAGCUCGAGGAGGAGAGGGCCGGUUUCGCCGCACGAGUUGCAUUACAC